AUGCGGAGAGCUGCUUUGCUUCUGGGUGCGGUAACCACAGCAUUUGCCGCCACUUUGGAUGAUGUUUGCACGGCCACCUACGCCAAAGCUGCCCUUCCAAAGAACGGUAUACUUUCAGGCGUCACAUUUAACACCUCGUCGAUCUCUGUGUCAGUCACCAAGAACGCGUCUGUGACUGGUACAGACUUCCCUUCCGGAGUCAUUGAUUAUUGCUCCGUGGCCUUCAGCUACUCUCACCAGGGCGCGGGAGAUACAGUACAGCUCGAAUUCUGGCUUCCUGCGCCUGACAAGUUCGCCAACCGGUGGCUUUCUACAGGCGGCGGUGCCUUUGCAAUCAAUUCAGGCACCAACUCCCUUCCCGGGGGUAUCAUCUACAAUGCCGCAGCCGGUAUUACAGAUGGUGGCUUUGGCGAUUUCGAUAACGAGCUUGAUGAUGUGUUCCCCCUCGGAAACGGGACAGCCAAUUGGCCUGCUGUCUACAUGUUUGGCUAUCAGGCGCAUCAUGAGAUGUCCGUGAUCGGCAAGGCCUUCACCCGGUCAUUCUUCAACAUGACUGCGGUAGACAAGUUAUAUUCCUAUUACCAGGGUUGUUCGGAAGGAGGCCGUGAGGGCUGGAGUCAGCUCCAGCGCUUUGCUGAUGAAUGGGAUGGUGCUGUUACCGGAGCCCCUGCUAUUCGUUUCUCACAACAACAAAUCAACCACAUGUUUCCACCGGUUGUUGAAAAGACUAUGGGGUACUAUCCUCCUCCCUGCGAGCUGGAGCAGAUUAUGUAUGAGACUAUUGAUGCCUGUGACGCCCUCGACGGUCGGACUGAUGGCGUGGUAUCUCGCACUGAUCUGUGCAAGUUGAAUUUCAACCUCUCAAGUUUAAUCGGCAUAUCUUAUUCUUGCAACGCGACCAGUGCCCUCACCGGAUAUGAGCCGGCCCAAAAUGGUACGAUUACAGCAGAAGGUGUUGCUCUCGCAGAGGCCAUUUUCAAGGGGCUUCAUGAUUCGAAUGGUCUUCGUGCAUAUCUAUCCUUCCAGUACGGGACAUCCCUCGAUGAUGCCACCACCGUUUACGACGAAACAACCAACAAUUGGACUGCCUCAACCAGUGUCAACGGCGGCACGGAGUGGAUUUCCCGUUUCAUCGAACUCCAGGAAACAUCCAAUCUCGACUGGUCUAACUUCACCUAUGACACACUGCGCGAUUACAUGUACGCCGGAUGGCAAAUGUAUGAAGACACGCUGCAGACCACAUGGCCAGACCUGUCAGCUACCCGUGACGCAGGUGUCAAAAUAAUCCAUUACCAUGGAGAAUCGGACCCCAGUAUCCCACCCGCUUCCUCGGUUCACUACCAUGAAUCCCUUUCUUUCAACGAGAGCACGGCUAGACUAAAUGAAUGGUACCGGCUGUUCUUGGUUCCCGGGGGUGCGCACUGUGCCGUCAAUGCUUACCAAGAUGGCCCUUGGCCACAGACCACGCUUGGAUCUCUAAUCGAAUGGGUGGAGCAGGGCGUCGUACCUGAGAGGCUUAAUGCGACGUACACGUCGGGUAGUGAUGCUGGUAGUGAAGCACAGCUCUGCGCGUGGCCCUUGCGGCCGUUAUGGUCUGACAACGCCACCAAGUUCGAUUGUGUUUACGAUCAGGUGUCUAUUGAUACCUGGCAUUACCGGUUCGACUCGUACAAGGAGCCUCUGUAUUGA